CUUUGCUGGCAUGCCAUGUACGAUGAGAGGCAACAGCAGAGUGGUUAAAAGCUCAGACUCUGAGUCCUUUCUGCCCAGGUUCAUCUCCUGUUUUGCUGCUUACCUGCUGUAUGGCCCUAGGCAAAUCACUUAACCUCUGUUCCUCAGCUGUCUCUUCUGUGAAAUAAGGAUAUCUCAUGGAUGUAUUAAAAAAAUUAAAUUAGUUAAUACAUGUAAAGCAUUUGGAAGAGUUACAGGCAUGGCAAGCAUUUAAUAACUGGCUAUCCAAAAUCUCUAAAGGGAUAUUUCUGUAUUUCUUUUUUUUCUAUACAGCUCUUGGUUUUUCAUCUUUAUGUCCCAUCACACUUAAUCACAGUAGUUCUAAUUCUCUCCAACUAACAGCAAGCUCCUAGAGAGGAGAGGGUUGGCUCAGGAAGAGGGAAAAUGCUCUCCACUAAGGCACUUUACACUUUCAUUUUAAGGUUCAUGAUCUUAGGAAGAAUCUCUGUGACCUAGGAAAAAGGGAAAGAGUUGUCUUUCUCCCUGAAGGCCUAGCACAGACCCUGGACCACAACAUUUCCUGAGUGAAUGAAUGAACAAAUGACAUCACAGGGCUAGCAGCUCAACAAAAGUUAUCCACGCCAUAGAGAAGCUUGGCGUCAUGAGGGUUGGUCCUUUACUGUUUUCUUUUUCUUCCCCAUUCUACAGAUCUAUUUAUACAACUCUCUCUCGCACUGGUCGAUGAAUAAGGAAGACCAAAGAAGAACUGAGGCAUUUGAAUUAUGAUAUUGGUGAAGAAUACUGAAUAUACCAUGGACUGACAGAAGAAUGAACUAAUUAUCUUGGAAGAAGUCCACCGGAAUGUUCCUUAGAAGGAAGGACAGCAAGAUUUGUCUCCCAUACUUUGGACAUGUUAUCAGGAAGGAUCAAUCCUUGGAGAAGAACAUAAUGUUUGGCAGAGGGUCGGCAAAAAAGAGAAGACCCUCAACGAGAUGGACAGACACAGUGGCUACAUUUACGAUGGGCUCCAACAUAGCAACCAUUGUGAAGAUGGCCCAGGACCGGGCAGCGUUUCAUUCUGUUGUACAUGGGGUCGCUGUGAGCAGGAACUGAUUAGACAGCACCCAACAACUCUCCCACUAAGCUGUCACGCCCCUGGGAGGUAUUCACUAAAAUUCUGUUGAAUAAAUAUUGAUGAUGAUGUAACUUGGUGUGGCCCUAUCAGGGAAGUUGGGACUAUUGGCAGUAGAGACACUCACAUGAGAGCAAUGAUAUUUUGGGGGGACACAGCACGACUGUGUCCAUAACUCAUAAGUUGAUUAAACAUUUAUUUCAUGUAAGACAGGGAUGAUCUCGCAUUCACAAACUACUUUUCUUCCUAAUAGAUAUAUCCUUAUUAAACAACAAAAAAAAAUCUUCUAAAAUAAUAGACACUGAAAAAGUUCCUACUGUCGUUCAAAGCAAAUCAUUAUAAUCACUAAAUUCCACCAUCGACAAACUGUUCCACUACAUUAACCUAAAACAGCUGGGUUAUAAUCCAAACAUAAUAAUGCUGCAGCUAAAAUUAGGAGAGGUGGAGUGAAAAGAGCUGAGAGGGGAGGGGUCAGAACGCCAGCUGCUCACAAACCCCAAGCGACGCUUGCCGUCCGGCAACGGCCCCAAACAGGCGACGCCAUCGGCGCCAUCCGCCGCGCAGGCCCCGCCCCCCGGCCCGCAUGCGCACUCAAGUCCGACGCCGGCCUGAGGAAAAUUCCUCACACGUCCACUGCGGCAGCCUCCUGUUUCUCCUCCUACCUUCUCCAUUUUCCUAGUCCCUGCAGUUUAUUUUUCAGGAUUUCACUGGAAUAUUAUUAGGAGAAAGUACCAUGGAUGUUCUGCGCCCACAGCUUCUAAGAAUUGAGGGACGAAUUUACAGGAAGAAUCCCAUCCAAGAACAGACCUGUCAGCAUGAAGAAGAUGAUGAGGACUUCUAUGAAGAUCAGAAGGAAUAUCGGAGCACUAUGCUGCAAGGCUCCAUGGAGUGUACGGAAGAGCCCUGUGACGCCUAUGUGGUGGUGCAGACCCAGCAAGGUUUCCAGUGUACUGUGAGUGCCCCCAGUCUACUGUACAAGCAUAUAGUUGGAAAGAGAGGGGACACCAAGAAGAAACUGGAAAUGGAGACCAAAACUUCUAUUAGCAUUCCUAAGCCUGGACACGAAGGAGAUAUUGUGAUUACUGGACAGCAUCGAAGUGGUGUCAUCUCAGCCCGAACUCGGAUUGAUGUUCUUUUGCAUACCUUUAGAAGGAAGCAACCCUUCACUCACUUCCUUGCCUUUUUCCUCAAUGAAGCUGAGGUUCAGGAACGAUUCCUGAAGUUCCAGGAGGAAGUGCUGGAGAAGUGCUCCAUGCCCCAGGAAACUAAGACAAAUGGCAUCAAGAAGACUCUGAGGGCUUGGUUGAACAGGUGGUGUAGUGUUAACACAAACGUUGCAGUCAGCACCCUGUCUUUGGGAAUAAAGGAUCGUGGAGUCGAUGGCUCCAUUUUCCAGAAACCGAAAAAGCUUCACCUGACUAUUGGGAUGCUGGUGCUUCUGAGCGAGCAAGAGAUUCAACAGACAUGUGAGAUGUUACAGCAGUGUAAAGAGGAGUUCAUUGAGGACAUUUGUGGAGGCCAACCCCUGGAAGCAGAGAUGGCAGGGAUAGAAUACAUGAAUGAUGAUCCUGGCAUGGUUGAUGUUCUCUACGCCAAAGUCCAUAUGAAAGAUGGCUCCAACAGGUUCUGGCUUUUGCGGGUUUUACCAUUAUCGCCACCAGUCUCAUCAGAAAACCUGCUUCAGGAAUUAGCUGACCGAGUGCUGGAACGUUUUCAGUCAUCCGGACUAAUAGUGAAAGAGUGGAAUAGUGUGAAACUCCACGCUACAGUCAUGAAUACGCUGUUCAGGAAAGACCCCAAUGCUGAAGGCAGGUACAAUUUUUACACACCGGAUGGCAAAUGUAUCUUCAAGGAAAGGGAAUCAUUUGACGGCCGAAACAUUUUAAAGCUGUUUGAGAACUUCUACUUUGGUGCCCUAAAGCUCAACUCCAUUCACGUCUCUCAGAGGUUCACAGCAGACAGCUUUGGAAACUACGCCUCCUGCGGACAGAUUGACUUCUCUUGACGUGGAUCAUGGAAAGCACUAGAAGUUGAAUAUCCUCAUGAGAGCAGCAGCGGUAGAACAGCCAUGAUAUCAGCAGAACUAUGCAACGUUGUCUGAAGAGUGUCAGUCACAGAGGUACUCCUUCCCUGCUGCAGACCAGAGGAGGGACGGAGUGCUCCCAGCUCCAGCUUUGCCCCCCCCGCCCCGCCCCCGCGCCCCGCUACGUACUCCUCCUGGGGACCUCCGGCCUCUCCGUUGCCUCUGUUUUUCCCUCCUCACAUUCUUCCUCCCUCCAUGUCCCCUUUCCCUCAUUCCUGGUUGUUACUGGAUUCUUACCUAUUAGAUAAAUUGGAUUUGAACCCUAUGUGUCAAGGUCGUUCUAUUGUGAGGGCUGUGUGUAACACUCAGAGAUUUGUUUAUCAGUGUGGGUGCACAGAUCAUUUGUGAAUAAAUGAAAUUCCAAAGUAA